AUGGAGGAGGCAAAAACUCUCAUCCGGACUACCGUCCGCACCUUCUUCCCCCACCCUAAACAGAUCCUCAUCGUCGACGCCAUCAUGCUUCAUUCCGUUUUACAGAUGGACGACCUUGCCGUCCUCGUCUCGGCUCAGCCCAAAGACAUCCGAAGCCUCAUGAACCCUCUGCGCGCCGCGCGCCUGGUCCAGACACAUUCCCGCCUGGAAGUCAGGGUCGGAUCACAACGAGGCAGCCCGAGAGAAUACUACUACUGUCCCUUUCACCCGGCAAUCGACUCGAUUAAAUUCCGCAUCGCCAAGCUCCGUAAGAAGGUCGAGGCGCUGUACAAACAAGAUGAGACGAAGCGAAAAGACUGGCGUUGUCCACGUUGCAAAGCCGAGUACGAAGAGCUGGAGAUACUAGACAAGAUCGGCGACGAAGGCUUCUACUGCGACCGAUGUCACGCCACGUUGGUUCAAAACGAACAAGCCACCCAGGACCGAGGCAACCACGAGAAGAUCCGUCGUCUGAACGACCAGCUCAAGAAGUUCGACGAUAUGAUCCUCAAAAUCGACAAGAAGAACGUGCCGGAGAACGACUUUAUUGCCGCGUGGGAGAGGAAGAAAGACGUGCCUCGGGAGCGUGGCGGGAAGGCCGAGAACCAAUACGUUGAGCUCAAGCGGGACAACAAGAACCAGAAACGCGGGCCGGAGAUGGUCAAGGUGGAGAACCUGGCAGUCAAUCUGACCAGUGGCGCGGAGCAAGACCGUGAAGAGGCCGAGCGCAAAGAGGAACGGAGGAAAUUACUGGCCAAGCAGAAUCAACUGCCCGUAUGGCACACGAACAGUGCAAUUGGAGCCACGGCCGGCACCUCUGGUGUCAAGCUGGAACCUGAACCUUUGGAAGUGGACGGACUGGUCCCUAAGAAGGAGGAAGACAUGGACGAGAAGAAACCCGACCUCGGAGCCUUGUCCGGGCCCAACACGCUGCAGGAUGAAGUCGCCGCUUAUAUGGCGGAGAUGGAACGGGAGCGUGAAGAAGCGGCUAAGCGGGCGAAAGAAGAAGACGACGAGGAAGAGGAAGAGGACGAGGACCUGGAGUUUGAGGACGUCGACGUGGCGGGAACCAGCCACCUGGGUACACCACCAAGUUCGCUGUCUCAAGGACAGGGUCAGGAUCUAAAGUCGAUCAACGGGGUCAAGAGGGAGUUGGCCGAGGAUAGCGGACCUAGCAGUGAUGCCAACACCCCUGCCAGCCUGGAGAGAGAGAACAAGAGAGUCAAGUUCGAGAACGACAACGAGAACGAGAACGGUUCUUCCAAUCCGAAUGGCGAUGAUGUCAAGGUCGAAGCGGCGGAGACCUCGGUUGAACUGAAAGAUGACGGGGCAGAUGGCGACUCGGAGGAAGACGAGGAUUUCGAGGAUGCCAUGUAA